AUGCCCCUGAAGCCAUACACCAGGGACAAGGACUCGUCCUCCCUCCUCCGCUGGGACGAGGUUCCCGAUGACUUCGUGGAGUGCUUCAUCCUCUCGGGCUACCGCCGGCUGCACCUCACCGCCCAGGAGUGCCUGGCCUCCAUCUUCCAGCCCACCAACGAGACCCUCAACUUCUGGACCCACUUCAUCCCGCUGGUCCUGUUCCUCAGCAAGUUCUACCAGGUGCUGUUCCUGGCCGGCGAGCUGCCCUUCCACCACCCGGCCCUGCUGCCCCUGUGGUGCUAUGCCUCGGGGGUCCUCCUGACCUUCGCCAUGAGCUGCACAGCCCAUGUGUUCAGCUGCCGCUCGCUGCGCCUGCGUGCCGCCUUCUUCUUCCUGGACUAUGCCUGCAUCAGCUACUACGGCUUCGCCAGCACGGUGGCUUACACCUACUACCUGCUGCCCCGGCUGGACCUGCUGGACCCGACCGUCAUGACCCCCUACCUGCACAGCCUGGGCUGGCACCGGGUGGACUACAGCCUGCUGCUGGGGGUGUACGGCGAGCUGGUCCUCCCGGUGGCCUUUGUGCUGGCCGUGACCUGCACGGUGGCUUGCUGUAAGAGCCGCUCCGAGGACUGCUCCUACCCGUUCGCCAUCCGCACCUUUGUGUUCGCCAUGCCCCUCAGCAUGGCCUGCCCGGUGAUGAUCGAGAGCCUACUGUUCGACCUUCGCAUGAAGAACCCCACGCUCUUCGUCCAUUUCUACCGGAGGUAUUUCUGGCUGCUGGUGGCCGCCUUCUUCAAUGUCAGCAAGAUCCCCGAGAGGAUCCACCCGGGGCUGUUUGACAUCAUUGGGCACAGCCACCAACUCUUCCACAUCUUCACCUUCCUCAGCAUCUAUGACCAGAUGCACUAUGUGGAGGAGGGCUUGGAGCAUUUCCUCAAGGCUCCAGCCACUUACCACUUACCAACUUUCUCUGGCACUGUAGGUUACAUGCUGCUGCUGACCCUGUGCCUGGGCUUGGUAGUGAGGACCUACCUAAAGGGACUUACCAACAUCAAGCAGAACUAACCAAAAUACACAUAAGUCAGGCUGCAACCACUGGGGAAGACUCCUCUCAUUCAUUUAAGGCAAUUUUAGGCAAACCAGAUGUUGUGCACUAUAUGUUCUCUGAUGCUUGGCCAGCAUUAUAGCUGCAAGAUAAUUAUAGGAGAUGUAGUCCACAGCGUUUGGAGUGCCUGUAUUAAGGCAAGGGUGGCCCAAAGAUAGAUAGAUCUCUAGAUGUUGUAGUAGAGCAACAAACCCUCUGAAGCUUUGCCAAAGCAUCAUAGGAGUUGCAGUUCUACAUCAGCUGUUUGCCUAUCUUUAGGCCAAGGGUAAGUAACCUUUGGUGCUCCAGAUGCUGUGGACUACAUGUCCCCUGAUGAUUUGCCAGCAAUAUGGCUGUAGUAGCAUUAUGGGAGGUGUAGUCCACAACAUCAGGAGUGCUGAAGGUCUCCUUCCCCUUAUUUAGGCAAUCUGAAUGGCUGUUCUGCUGUGGACAAUCCCUGCAAUCAGGAAGAUCUAUGACAAUAAUAGUGCUGCAGGUCUCUGAUGCAAACUUAUUCCUAGAGUGAUAUUGAUAUGUUUAUUUAUUUUUUUAAUUACCUUUCUUCCAGGGAUCAAAAGAAUGAGGCACCUGGUCCUAAGGCAAUGCAUGUGUUACAAAAAUCUAUAUCACUUUCACUAGUGAUGGUUUGUAUCAGAAAGCAGGUCAUUGUGUGAACUUUGGACAGGAUCAGUAAUAAUCCCUAGUAAUCAGUUUAACAGCCAUAGCAGGUAGUUUGUAGUUCUACAAGAGCCCAUUCUAGCCCCAGGCCCAGUUUGCCAUGUAUGUCUAAAGUGGUUGCAUCCUCAGCUGGAAUGGUUCAGUCAUGUAUUAGCCUCAAGCCUUUUAAAGAUGCAUUCACUCUACUUUGCUGAUGAGAAAACAUUUUUUUAAAGCAUACCAAAUUCUACCCCCCACCCCUUCCCUUGCAUUUUUUUAAUUCAUUCAGGUCUUUGUAAGCUAGAGGCAUAAUCAUUUAAAAACUAAAAUAUGUGGAGCUGAGGAAUAAGUUUCAAAAUGUAGGCAAUAAUAAGCAGAAUUGGGAAAAAAGACAGCUCUACCAUAAUGUCAUUUUAAUUUUUCAACCGUUGCCAUUUUUAGACUAAAUUUUGAAUGGCAGAUUUGACUUUGCCACAUCUCAGUGUUAAGUAAAUAGACCCCUUAAUAUCACAUUUGUAAUUCAAGGCUUGUUCCAAAGCCCACUGC